AUGAGGAAUCAGACAGAGAUUUCCUCUUUUACCCUUGUAGGUCUAUCAGACCAUCCACUGACCAUGAAUGCACUUUUUGGGCUUUUCCUUCUGAUCUAUCUGAUGACUCUUAUCACAAACCUCCUUAUAUUUUUCUUGGUCCUCACUGACCACCAUCUGCACAACCCAAUGUAUUUUUUUCUUGCCAACUUGGCAUUUGUGGACAUGUCCUAUUCAUCAGUGACCGCACCGAGGAUGCUCUAUGACUUGGCCAUGAAGAGCCGAUCAAUAUCCAUUCCUGCCUGUAUAGCCCAAGUCUUUUUCUACCUCUCUUUUCUUUCUUCAGAAAUUUUCUUGCUCUCGGCUAUGUCCUACGACCGCUACAUUGCCAUCUGCCACCCCCUACAUUACAAACUAAUUAUUUCUUGGAGGGUCUGUGCCUAUAUGGCCUCCAUGGUCUGGGUUGCUGGAUGUACAAAUGCUUUGGUUCAUGCUUUACUUUUGCUCAGGUUGUCCUUCUGCAGAACAUCUUCCAUCCAAAACUUCUUUUGCGAUCUUCCACACUUAUAUCAGAUUACAUGUACUGACCCCUUCAUAAACAUGGUGGUCUUAUUCCUAGAAGGUGCUAGUGUUGGACUGGGAGCCUUUCUUUUGACCUUUCUUCCAUAUGUCUAUAUUUUCAGAAAGAGGAAAGCAUUCUCCACCUGCACCUCACACCUCACCGUGGUCUUCAUCUUUUAUGGCUCCUUAAUUUUCAUUUACUUGGUUCCAUCUUCCAGCAAUAUGGUCAAUUUAGAAAAAAACGUUUUCAGUCAUAUCUGCCCUCAUUAA